AUGCUCGCAAGACACGCCCCCGCCUCGUCGGCCCUCAACGCAGCUGCCCACCGAGCUCUACCAGCAGUCUCGGCAGCCACCCGCUUCUCGAAGAGGGCGCCCAGGAACCAGACACAGAAGAGGACGCUUGCGACAGUGCAGGAUGCACCAAAGAGGACAUAUGGUGGCCUGAAGGACCAGGACAGGAUUUUCCAGAACCUGUACGGACACCACGGCGCGGAUUUGAAGAGCGCGCAAAAGUAUGGCGAUUGGUACAAGACAAAGGAGAUUCUGCUCAAGGGCCACGAAUGGAUCAUCUCUGAGAUCAAGGCUUCUGGACUUCGGGGCCGAGGUGGUGCUGGUUUCCCCUCUGGCCUGAAAUGGGACUGGGACAAAGACUCUAAGCCCCGAUACCUCGUUGUCAACGCCGAUGAGGGUGAGCCCGGAACAUGCAAGGACCGUGAAAUUAUGCGCAAGGACCCCCACAAGCUCAUCGAGGGCUGUCUCGUCGCUGGACGUGCCAUGAACGCUACCGCCGCAUACAUCUACAUUCGAGGAGAAUUCUACCACGAGGCCACCGUGCUUCAGCGCGCUAUCCAAGAGGCAUACCAAGCCGGUCUGAUCGGCAAGAACGCCUGUGGUUCUGGCUAUGACUUCGAUGUUUACCUCCACCGAGGAAUGGGUGCAUACGUCUGUGGUGAGGAGACUUCUCUCAUUGAGUCACUAGAGGGAAAGCCUGGAAAGCCCCGUUUGAAGCCCCCGUUCCCCGCCGCUGUCGGUCUUUUCGGAUGCCCCUCCACCGUCGCCAACGUUGAGACCAUUGCUGUCGCACCUACCAUCUGCCGACGAGGAGGCAGCUGGUUCGCCGGUUUCGGUCGCGAGCGUAAUCAGGGUACCAAGCUCUACGCCAUCUCCGGUCACGUCAACCGCCCCUGCGUCGUCGAGGAGGAGAUGUCCAUUCCCCUUCGCGACCUUAUCGAGAAGCACUGCGGUGGUGUUCGCGGCGGCUGGGAUAACCUCAAGGCCGUCAUCCCCGGUGGUUCAUCUACCCCUAUUCUUCCCAAGCACAUCUGCGACGAUCAACUCAUGGACUUCGAUGCGCUCAAGGACUCGCAGUCUGGAUUUGGUACAGCCGCCGUCAUCGUCAUGGACAAGUCAACCGACGUUGUCCGCGCCAUCACCCGCCUUGCAAAAUUCUACCACCACGAGUCUUGUGGCCAGUGCACACCUUGCCGUGAGGGAUCAAAGUGGACACAUCAGAUCAUGGACCGUUUCUACAAGGGCCAGGCCCGCGAGCGCGAGAUUGAUAUGUUGCAAGAAUUGACCAAGCAGGUUGAGGGCCACACAAUUUGCGCGCUGGGUGAGGCCUUUGCAUGGCCACUCCAGGGAUUGAUUAGGCAUUUCAGGCCAGAGCUUGAGGCCAGGAUAAAGGACUAUGGGUUGAAGAAUGGUGGUGAGGCGUUGGCUGGUGGAUGGGCACAUGACUCUGCCAAAAAGGGGCUGCUUGUCUCGCCUGGGCAGUAGUUACUUGUGAGCAUUAGCUGGAGGACGUCUUGUACUUUGCAUUUUCCCUUUUUUAUUGCGUGUUCAAAUGUUUGCUGAGCUGAGCUGUAUAUAGUAUCUCGGCGCAAAUGAAGAGGGUUGAAAUUCGUACUCGA